CCCCAGGGAUGGGGCAGAGUGAACGUGGUGGAGGCCCUGCAGGAGUUCUGGCAGAUGAAGCAGACCCGUGGAGCUGACCUGAGGAACGGGGCCCUGGUGGUCUAUGAGAUGGUGCCCUCCAACAGCCCCCCCUACGUCUGCUACCUCACCCUGCCCGGCGGGAGCUGCUUCGGCAGCUUCCAGUUCUGCCCCACCAAGGCGGAGGCGCGGCGCAGCGCCGCCAAGAUCGCCCUGAUGAACUCGGUGUUCAACGAGCACCCGUCGCGCAGGAUCACCGAGGAGUUCAUCGAGAAGAGCGUGGCCGAGGCCCUGGCCUCCUUCAACGGCAACCGGGAGGAGGCGGAUAAUCCCAACACCGGCAUCGGCGCCUUCCGCUUCAUGCUGGAGUCCAACAAGGGGAAGUCCAUGCUGGAAUUCCAGGAGCUGAUGACCGUGUUCCAGCUGCUGCACUGGAACGGCAGCCUCAAGGCCAUGCGGGAGCGGCAGUGCUCGCGGCAGGAGGUCCUGGCUCACUACUCCCACCGCGCUCUGGACGACGACAUCCGGAGCCAGAUGGGCAUGGACUGGGUGAGCAGGGAGCAGAGCAGCCCCGGGGCCCUGUCCCGGGAACUGGCGGCCACCGAGCGGGAGCUGGAGGAG